GAUACAGACACACUCAAUUAUCCAUUGUUCUCAGACAGGAUGUUAUCCAUGUUACAUCAUUCACCAGAUGACAAUAGACAGGUUGUGAUAGAGGUGCUGUCAUUCGUGAGACACCAACAAUGGCAAGGUACUUUUUUGAAGAUCAGGGACAUGCUGCCCUGUACCAGAAGUACAGGCUUCCUUCACCCAAUGAAAUCCACACCCUCAUCCUCAACUACCUAUGGACAAAGAAGGGGAAGCCAUUCGCCCUCGCAGUGGAUGUUGGAUGUGGCUCUGGUCAGAGCACCAGAGGAUUGGCUUCUCACUUUGAAAAAGUGGUUGGAAUCGAUGUCAGUGAAGCUCAGAUUGAAGAGGCCAAGAGAAUGGAUGGACCUGAUAAUGUCUGUUACAGGCAAGGUGUGGCAGAAGAGCUGGAGUUCAAGGAUGGUUCCGUUGACCUGGUAACCGUGGGAGCAGCAGCUCAUUGGUUUGACAUGGAGAAGUUCAUGAAGGAAGUUGACCGAGUUUUAAAACCCAAAGGCUGCCUGGCUCUGUAUUGCUAUGCAGUUCCCUGUAUAUUGAAUUACGAUGAUUGUUCUGAACCCCCAACCCAGAUUGUCCAAGAGUUGUUCCAAACAUUAGUGCCCUAUGAGACCAAUGCAAAUAAAAUUGUGUGGAAUGAAUACAGGGACAUAUUUGAUGCUAUCACUUUCCCUGAUAAAGAGAGAGCUGAAGACAUUUAUAUCAGGCUGAAGAAACCACUUUUGUGGCUCAUUGGAUUUCUGAAUUCCUCGGUUUUAUAUCAAGCCUACCGAAAGAAAGAUCCAGAAAAUGCUGAAGUCUCAUUGGAGAAUACUAAGCAAAGGCUUCUGAAGGCCAUGGGAGUGUCCAGUGAUACUGUUGUGGAAUUCUGUAUCAAAUAUUAUUGCCUCUUGGCGAGUAAACCUGAGUGA